CACAUUAUAUGAUAUACUGCAUUUGCGGUUUCUUAUAUUUUUUUUUAAUGAACCCUAAACCCAAACAAAGAAAGAAUGGAGAAUGAAUGAAGAAUCACAAAAAACAUACGUUUCGCAUGAAGAAGGAGGAAAAGAGCAACGGUCAAAUAGCGGCAAGUAAUAAGGAAAUGGACGUAAAAAACGGUGAUGAAAAAGUAACCAUUCAAUAAAGAUAUCUGAAUUCAAGUGGAGUUAAAAAUUGUAAAGCUUAAUUAAUAUAUUUGUUUUUAAUAAAGAUAAAAACUAAAUUAAUUGACAAAAGUAAAUUGCAAAUACUAAAAAAAAAGUUUUUAUUCUUUUGGUCACACGCCUACAUUUGUGCGCGUCACUUGUUGGGUAACGGGACUUUGCCGUAUUGUGCGCGUCACUUGUUGGAUAACGGGACUGAGCGCGAUCAAAAUUAGAAAAACAAUUUUAGAAAAAAUAAAUUGUUAAAAAAUCAAGAAAACUAUGGACAGAAAUUUAGACAAGAAACUUAUAAGAUCAGUAAAGGAGACAAUGUUGAAUUCCGACUACCCUUUUGCGUAUCAAAGUAUCCGGUUGACGCUUGAUAUAUGGGAUGAAAUUGCUAAAAAUUUACACUCCACUGCACUCCAGUGCAAAAAGCGCUGGAAGGCGUUACGCGAUAGAUAUGCCAGGGAAAAAAGGGGCUUUUAUGAAAAAAGAAAUAAGAAGAAAAAAAAUCGUAAAACGUGGGAGUUGAUGGAUGAAUUGUCGUUUCUGGACUUUUACUACCAACCCAGAAAUAAAGAAGAAAAUGAGGUUGAGAAAGUUGAAGUUCAGAAUAAUAUUCUUGCAGGAGAAAUAAUAGAAGAUGAAAACUUCGAAGUUUCUGAACGUGUCAUCCAUUUCGCAGUUAGUGAUUCGAAUGGUAAAGUUAUCGGACAAUUUGAAUGUGAUGAUAGGAUAUGUCCAUGUGAAGAAAUCUCCUCAGCAAUGCCUAGUUCUAAUAAUGACACUGUUGAUACAUGGGACGAAUUAUUGCAUGUAUUGACAGAUGCUCAACCAAUGCAUGCAAUGGAUACAGCAUCGUCCGACACCACAUCGUCUUCAUUCUCAAGUAAUCCCAAUAAAGUAUUUAUGAAAGCAGCUACUGAUAUUAUAACUACAUUAAAUGCUUCCAAUCAAAUAAAAGCCCGAGCCUAUAUACUCUCAUACUUGUCGAAAUUACAACUAAUGGAUAACAAAUAAAUCAACAAAAUACAAUUUAAUUCAGUGGAGAAGUUAAAUCUAAAUCAGUAAUGCUUAUUUUAUGAUCAUAGAAAUCAAAUGCAAGUGUCACAGUAA